UAUCCCUGCUGUUGACCACCACUACAGCGGGUUUUAAUCCGGGCUCCGUCACUGUUGCGAUUUGUUUGUGUGUGUUGCGUCGCGCUAAUUUUCCGAUAUGGAGGACACUAAUGAUUCGUUUACCGUGAGAGAGAAUAAGAAGAAGGAGCGACAGUUAGAUGAUUGCGGUUACACAGCUGCUGACCUUAAAGCUCUUGAGGGCCAAGACAGUAGUAUUGGCUUCUGUGGCUGGUUCCUGGUGCUGUUCUCAGUCUUACUUGUCAUCCUCACUCUGCCCAUCUCCAUAUGGAUGUGCAUUAAGAUUGUGAAGGAGUAUGAACGCGCUAUAAUCUUUCGCCUGGGGCGUAUUUUGCGAGGAGGAGCCAAAGGACCUGGUCUAUUCUUCAUACUACCUUGUACGGACAGCUUCAUCAACGUCGACAUGCGUACCAUUACUUUUGACAUCCCCCCACAGGAGGUGCUCACUAAAGACUCUGUGACUGUGAGCGUGGACGGCGUGGUGUAUUACCGCGUGCAGAACGCUACGCUGGCUGUGGCCAACAUCACCAACGCCGACGCUGCUACUCGCCUACUGGCACAAACCACCCUCAGGAACGUCCUGGGCACUAAGAACCUGGCUGAGAUCCUGUCUGACCGCGAAGAGAUCGCCCACAGUAUGCAGUCCACUCUGGAUGAUGCAACAGAUGACUGGGGCAUUAAGGUGGAGCGGGUGGAGAUUAAAGACGUGAAACUGCCAAUGCAGCUCCAGAGAGCCAUGGCUGCUGAGGCUGAGGCUACAAGGGAGGCCAGAGCUAAAGUGAUUGCUGCUGAGGGAGAGAUGAACGCAUCCCGAGCCCUGAAGGAAGCCUCCCUGGUGAUCGCUGAGUCUCCGUCUGCGCUGCAGCUGCGCUAUUUGCAGACCCUCAACACCAUCGCUGCCGAGAAGAACUCCACCAUUAUCUUCCCUCUGCCCAUAGACAUGAUGCAGUCGUUCCUGAAGCACUGAGCUGUGCACAUGUCUCACACACACACACACACACACACACACACACAGAUCUAACGUAAUGCAGGUAAAUACAGAUUAAUUGCACCUAAAGAAUCUAACACACACACACACCUGAACACAUGUACACACACACACACACACACACACACACACACCUGAACACAUGUACACACAUUCUCUUGCUGUAUUGCAGUGAUAACUUCUAUCACUUUGAGUCAGUGGUUGUCUGAUAUUAGCAUCACUGAUGACAGGAUUUCUGUUAGGGCUGGGCGAUGUGGCCAAAAAUUCAUAUCACGAUACAUAUCGUGUAGACAUUUGGUUCAGUACCAAAAAUCUAUCUAUCAUUUAAAUUGUAAGAAUUUAAUUUUUAACCCUUAUAUUAAAAAUUAUCAGAAAUUAACAGAAAUUGCACCGAGAUAUUUCCUGGUUUUUUUCUCAUAAUCUUGAUAUUCUACCAAUAUCACCCAGCCCUAAUUUCUUUGUGCCUAUGACUUUCUCUGACAGAGCAGUUAUGACAGCUGCUAUUAAAUCUAAUAACUAUCCUUAUGAAGCCUUAACCAUAAAUCCUUCUUCAUAUCUGUAUAUAAAAUUCAGGUGCACCGUUUGAUAAUUUACUCAUACGCUUUUUUUUUAAGGUUUAAUAUCAACUUUUCUUAUUUCUCCUUUUCAACAUAAAAUAAUCCAAUAUUGUGAGUAUGUUGUUGUCUAAAUGUUUUCGCUCUGAGUUUGAGAAAUAAGCAGUAAGAGCUCAGAGAUGGCCAUGCUGAGCGAACUUUUAUGCCCGGUUGAAUUUACGUGAAAUACCAGAGCCACCGGAUAUAUACGGAUUUCUGUGCAUAUACGUAUGACGAAAAAGCCAGCGGAUGCAAGUACGUUAUUUAACUCAUAUCAGAACAAAGAAUCCAGAAUGCGAAUUUGGUGAACAAACAAGACAAUAAAAAGUGUAAAUGUGAAAAGAAAUAUAUAUAUAUAUAAUAUAUAUAUAUAUAAAAAUAUAAAACAGAACACACGGGUUCUUUAUUACGGUCCUUAGUUAAUUACGGUCCUCAGUUAAUUACGGUCCUAAGUGAAUUACGGUCCUUAGUUAAUAACGGUCCUUAGUUAAUAACGGUCCUAAGUGAAUUACGGUCCUUAGUUAAUAACGGUCCUAAGUUAUUAACGGUCCUUAGUUAAUAACGGUCCUAAGUUAUUAACGGUCCUAAGUUAUUAACGGUCCUAAGUUAAUAACGGUCCUAAGUCAAUUUCGGUCCUAAGUCAAUUUCGGUCCUAAGUCCUAAGAGGCCAUGCGUUAUAAAAAUUUCUUCUUUCUUAAUUUUCUCGUAAUCUAGACGUGACAAACAUUGUUCUAGAGGCAGAAUCACGACCGUGGCAGCGAGCGUUUGAACAAGAAAACACAAGAAAGAAAAAAUAUAACGCAUGGCCUCUUAGGACUUGUGUAGUUAAUGUAGCAUGUACAGAAUGUGUGUGUGAGCUUGCUCAUGGUAAAUUUAUUUCAACGUGGUUCCUUGUGUGCUACGAAUAUAAAGUUUCCGAAAGGUUCUUUCUGACAGCAGCCGCAAACAUCGUGGGACUUGUGGUUCACGGUGGCGAUGUUUGUUUGCCGCAGUUUGCUGGUUAAUGGAUUUCGGUCGAUGCCUGACACACUGUGAUGGAGUAAUUCAAUAAAUGAAAAUUCAGGAAGCAUGUGUUCACUUUUAUUCUCCUCAGUUGUUAACUGGCUGCUGGGUAGAAACUGAUGAGUAAACUAGGGAGGAAAAACAACACAAAAAUGAAUUUAACGCUAAAGUUACAAAGCUGUUAUUUUUAUUCUUUUUAUAUUUUCUUGUGAACGUCAUUUCAAUUGUCUUCAUGUUUCAAAUCGAAUAUGUGCCAUAUUAAUUGUCAUCUUGUAUCUUCCUGUUAAGUACGUCUUUAUUCGUACUCAUUGACUCCAGUUGGUAUGAUAUUGUAUUAUUAAUCAUAAAUGCAUGUAAAUCAUUUAAAAA